AAAAAAAAAAAGUAGAAAAGCGGGAAAUAAAGUUAGUUACAUCUUCUUCUCCGACGAGACGAAACGACUGCGACUGGGUUUCUCUGAAGCGCAGCGACGAUCCUUCUUCAGUGGCCAUGGAUCCUGGUGAUUCUUUAUCGGAUGCGAAUGACAUUGGAGAUCUACCACCUCCUGCUGCUUCUUCUUCUUCUUCUUCUUCAGAGCCUUCAGCAGAAAACCUUCCCUAUGCCGACCAGCUUGAAAGGGCCAUGAUAGAUACAGAAGACGACAGGGGUCCCUCAGGGUUUACGACUGAUGAAUUGAUUUAUCAGGCUUUAGAAACAGUCUAUGCUGAUGGAAAUGGUCUUGAUAUCGAUGGAAUUUUCAAUUUUAUCGAGGAAAAGUACGAGUUACAGGAAGAUUUUAGGGACCGGUUGGAAGUCCAGCUGGGAAAUCUAGUUUCUGAAGGCCAAGUAGAAAUGGUAGGAAACCUCUACAAGAUCCCCCAUGGUCUUUUUGAUACUCAAAUAGUGUCAGUAGUAGCUUCAAAUCUACCACAAACCAUGAGUCCAGGAGGUUCGACGGGCGCGAAGACACAAGACACACCAAGUACUUGUGCUUCUUUCGCACCAGCAGCAACAAAAGAAGAUCCUCGGAUAGAAGCAGUAGCAAAAGAAGUCGCAGAGGCAGAACACUUGGAGUUCGAAGCGAAAGAGGCACAAGAACUUGCAGAUAGACACGUCCAGUUGCUAAAUUUAGAAAGCAACAAAAUCUUGCAGUUAGCCGUGGAAAUCCUUAACCGAUGUGCUAACGGUGAAAAGAUUUUCCUGCUGUAAAAGCUUUACCUUCUGGUCCGGUUCAAUGUGAAUGUAUUCGAUCACCGGUUUCUUUGAGAGUUUUUGGCAUUUAGUAAAAAAAAAGAAAGAGUGUAGAAGUGUGGUUUCAUUUGACUAACUAGUCACUUUUUGUGACGUCUGUUUAGUUUAGAGGUUUAUAAAUGUUUUUGGUUGUAAAGGAAGGCAACAAACUAUUCUUUAACUUUUGGUAAUACAAGUUUCUACA